AUGGCCUCGAGCCAGUUCGCACCCCCUUAUCUGAAAAGAACCAGCAGUGCGGCUAGCUACGCCAAUGGUGCAAACCUGCAGCACCGAAGAUCACUCUCGACAAUCCCGCCGUCGCGCCCCACCCGCUCCCCGCAACCCCCGGUCGGAAUGACCCCCGAGAUGGACCGGACCUCGGACCCGAGCUUCAAGGGCAAGACGCCGUCGACCGGCACCGGCGCCUCCUCUCAACACAGCUCACUGUCCACGAGUGCUCAGCCCCGCUACGAUGCCGCCGUGGAGCGGCCACGAAAGCUGCGGUCCCAGUACCCCCGCGGGAGCACCGAGAACCAUGUCGAGUACAUCCUUGUGGCAUCCUUCGACAUUGAUCGCGGUCCGGUCAUGGAACACCAGUAUCCGGUAUCCAUCACGGGCGAUGAACACAUGCUUGCCGAGCUCAUGCUUCCGGACCAGGCCCACGUCCGGAACCAAGACUGGACCAUAUUCUUUCUGCAUAAAGACACUAGUCAAGAGGAGGACGAGGCGGAGCGGCAGGCAAAGGAGGAGAGGAAGGCUCGGCGGAUCCGGAAGCGUGAUCGAGCCAAGGGGAUAAUACACGAGUCGGACGAAGAGGAUGAGGAAGAGGCCGAUUUGGACGACUUGGACGACGACGACUGGGAUGACGACGAGUCGACGGAUGAGGAGCCCGAUGGCUUCGAGGGUCCUCCCCUGGUCUAUGUUCUCAAUCUCGUCAACACAAAACAAGACAAAACGGUCAAGCGAGGUGCAGUGGUCAAGGCUAUGGCCAUUUGCACCCGGCAUCCUUUUUUACAUAUCUAUAAGCCCUUAUUACUACUGGCCUUGGAAGAAUACUUCAAAGCACCCGUACCCGAAACUCUGGCAAUGCUAUACGACGCGGUGAACGAGAUGGAUCUGUCACUGAUGCCGAAGCUGACCUGGCUUGAGCGACACCUCCUGCAAUCAAGCGAGAACAAAGAUUUAUUCGUCGAAAAAUUUGAGCAGAUGAUUCAGGCCCGGAUCUCUGGAAGAUCCGGGGGCGAUGUCGACCAGCCACUCGACGCUAGCAAAGGUCCUCCGCCGCCGCCCACCGUCUUCCGGUCAGGAUCCAAGGCGCACAUUGAGGGACACGCUGCGUAUGUGGUUCCCCGGGACACGCACGAGUUCGAGAGCAAAGUCAUGUACAAGGGCAUCCCCAUCCCGGUCAAGGUUCCGGUCGCUGUUAUGCCCGAGAUCGUUGGGGAUUUCUCUUUGAUCAAGCUGAUCCAAAACUUCUCCGACUCACAUUCCAAGUCACCUCAGACCUUCUCCCUACAUCCUCAUCUUACAACAAACGGGCCCACCACACAUCCGAUUAUUGUGCUUAUCAACGCCCUCUUGACACAAAAGCGGGUCAUCUUCCUGGGACACAACAUGCCGUCCGGGGAUGUCGCCGAGGCCGUUCUCGCCGCAUGCGCGCUCGCUUCAGGCGGUAUUCUCAGGGGCUUCACCCGGUACGCCUUUCCGUACACAGAUCUAACCAAGGUCGACGACCUCCUGAAGGUGCCUGGGUUCAUUGCCGGCGUGACGAAUCCCACCUUUGAGCACCACCCCGAAUGGUGGGAUCUGCUCUGCGACAUUCCGAGCGGCAAGAUGAAAAUCAGCAGCAAGAUCGAGCCGGCUCCUAUCACGGAGGGUCUAGUCUAUUUCCAGCAACAGAACCCGGCGUACGCAAACCUGAUCCACAACUCGUCGAGUAGCGGGUCGGCGUCGAACGACCUGACGGGCGACGCCGCCUUCAUGGCCGGCAUCCUGAGGAGCAUCACCACGCGGGCAGGCGAGCGGGUGAUCAGAGCCAAGUGGAGGACGUGGGUGCUCAAGUUCACUCGCAUAGCCGCUGCCUUUGAAGAAAGCGUGUACGGUGCCAGCGCCCUCUACACCAACGACGAGCAGGAUGCCAACGCGAUGGGUGCCCAUGGACACGGGUAUGUGUGGGUUGACGAGUCGACGAAGGCGAAAGAAUUGGCUGGGAACGUGACACGGAUAGAGGGGUGGCGUAACACCAGGAGUUAUUACAGCUUCAUCCAGGACGUCGCGCAGCUCUCGGCGAUCCGGCCGCUCAAGGGCCUGGACCUGGCGCAUCUGCACGACCGGCUGCGCACGCAGCGGCUGACGCCCAUGCAGAGCAAGGAGAUCUACGACACGCUGGCCCGGCACGUGCACUCGUACGACGAGAUCUGCAUGCUGCUGAGCGUCGCGCCCGAGUCGCACACGGGUUUGUUCUAUGUUGCCCUCGGCCUGUUCCACAAGGACCGCGACGUCCGCCACCGCACCGCCGCCCUCCUCGAGCGCGUCGCCGAGCACGAGGCCGGCCAGCACUGGUGGCGCAUUCUUAGUCGGUUUGAGAAGCUGGCGUAUGCAAGGAUUAAGCGGGAGGUUGAGGCCGAGGGGAAGGCGUUGGUGGAGAAGGGGGAGGGGGUGGGGUUUGGGGAGGUCGAGAAGAGGGUUAGCUGA